GUGAUUUUGCCCGGGCGCGGCCGGACCUCUCGGCCUGAGCUGCAGGGAGCGGCUGACCCCGGGCCUCUCGCAUCAAGAGCGGCGGUCUCGGGGAUUGAGAAAAGGAAAAAGACAACAACAAUCCUGGCGUUGAAGUGCUGUUGGCUGCCAUCACACUGCUUAGGUCAGUGUGGAGCUGGCACUUUAUUGAGAUGGCAGCUGUUACUCCAAGAAAAAGGAAUCGUAGUUCUACUAGCUCUGAUAGCAUGUUCUUAGCACUUGGGACUCCAGCAAAAAAAUUGAUGAUGGACAUCACUGUGGAUCUGUCUCCAGUCAAGACAUCUACAGAUCGGACCUUUGCUUCUCGAACAAAAUGGUCACCUGGAUUUAGUGACGAGGAUAAAGAAAACCAGGCUUCACCUCUGAAAUUCUCCAUGUCAAGGAAGCUUGAUAAUUCCCCUCUUCAGAUAGCCAGCAUCCCAAUGACUACGUGUAGGGAGUUCCUGGGUAAAGUGUCUCCAAAGUCUGGCUCCCCAUACAAGCCCAUUGUGCCUGCGGCAUCUUUCUACAACAAAGAAAACCGGUACCUCACCCCACUGGAUAGGAAACUGGUAAAUGAAAGCCGCCCUCUUAGUUGGAGGGACAACGAUGGAGACCUCCCCAGUGCCAAUAGGACGGAGAAAGUACAGGGAAAUACGAACCUCAUCAGGAAUACAAGCUCAAAAACAUCCAAACGUCAGUCUGAUUCUAGGCACACCAAGACUUCACCAAGAAACUCUAAGAAAGCCAAGGUAGAUAUAGCCCCUGUCAAACCUGUUGUGGAAAAGGAGAACAUUAUUCGUCCAAUUGAAAAGAAAAUGGAGGCUCCUUUCCGAGUCCUAAGCAUGAAAAUGAAACCCCUGCUGAAGCUCCAGGUGGGAGCAGCAUUCUUCUCUACUGGGAAGAAAUCCCAUUCUGGUCCUAAAAAGCGGCCUUCAGGCCUUAAAUCCCCCCAGCUUCUCUCUAGUUCUGCAGCAGAGGGUGACCAGCUGAGACUAUCUGGAGAUACAGAGUUUCACUCAGAUGAUAAAAAGGAAGUUGCCAAGGCCGGUGAGGUAUUAAUGCAUGCAAGUGUGCCCCAGAAGAAGGGGAAUGAAGAUAGAGAGGAGGAUAGCAAGAAAUUGACCAAUAGCAUAAGUCAAAAGAAGGAGGUCAUUCACAAAUUGAAGAUCUCAAUGCAGAAAAUUGAAUUGAUCCCAUUUAGUCGCUCUGAUUCCUCAAAGCCUUUGACUCCAGAGGAGACUGAUACAAGGAACCUGAACACGGAUGAAGCUGGAUCCUCCAUAAACCGUGAGUUGGAUAAUCAAGAGAAUAUUCCUUUCAGUCAGUCUCCAACAGAGAAUAAUAAAGUGUCCCCUUCAGCAGAUGUUGUCUAUCCCAUAUUCAGUACACCCUCAAUCAACAAAACAAGACCACAGCCUUUCCCAGAUGAUCUGGCUUCUCCCCUGGGAUUCAGCCCACCUACAAAAAUGGUUCAUACCUUCCAGAAAACCAGCAAGAAAACAAAAGAACUAAGCAAAGACUUUAAAGACCAGAUGAUCAUUGACGCUGGACAGAAGCAUUUUGGUGCCAUCAUAUGCAAAUCAUGUGGCAUGAUCUAUACAGCUGCCAGCCCAGAGGAUGAAGCCCAACACAUCCAGCAUCACCAGCGGUUCCUUGAGGGAAUUAAAUAUGUGGGUUGGAAGAAAGAGCGUAUGGUUGCAGAGUUCUGGGAUGGGAAAAUGGUUUUGGUCCUUCCAGAUGAUCCCAAAUAUGCCAUCAAAAAGGCAGAAGAUGUGCGAGAACUUGUAGAUAAUGAAUUGGGAUUUAAACAAAUUGUGUUAAGCUGCCCAUCCAAGAUUAAAACCUACUUUUUUGUGUCCAAUGAAAGGAAGAUAAUUGGUUGUUUAAUUGCUGAACAAAUCAAACAGGCAUUCCGGGUGCUGUCUGAGCCUAAUGUUCCGCAGUCUCCUAAUCAGGAUGUCCUGCAGCACCACCGUGCCUGGCGUUGCUCCAUAAAGCCGGAAGCUGCCAUUUGUGGGAUCAGUAGAAUCUGGGUGUUCAGCCUGAUGCGGAGAAGAGGCAUUGCACGUCGUAUGGUGGAUGUAGUCAGAUUCCUACUGAGUGCUAACUCUUGCUUCUUGAUCAAGUUAAAAGGUAUGGAGUUAAAAGAAUGUUGUCACUUUCUGUACAUAAUUGUGUUCUGUAUUUUAAUGUUUGUACUUUAUGAAACUAAACCCAAGUUUGUGAUUCUAAAUGUUUAUUCUGAAAGCUAAAGUUUUUAUUGCAAUAACUUGUAAAUUUCAAAAAUAAUUAUAUUAAUAUAAAGAUUUCUCUCUGAGUUACAUUUGGCUUGGAUAAAUGUUUGGCUACUUCAUAUCACAGAUGAGGGAGACUCCAGCUAAUCUUGAAACUUUAUAUGUAGGCUACCUGCUUUAGUACAGCUGGAGACACCAGUGUUCUGCUAUCUGUGCUGCUCAGGGAGGUACCAAUGGUCCAGGGAUGUUGCAGAUAUAGAUUAUACCUGGUGCUAGAAGUUGCAUGCUGGGCAUCAAGUGACUGGGUGAGGACUCUACACCGAUAUGGUACCUUUGCAGUGAACAGAAGAUGGAGCAAAACACCUGCUGGUUGCUGUUACUGAUGCAGCACUAAAGCUUACCAGAGACAGGAGUGGAUGUAAAGCAUUUGUAGCUGUGGCCUGAACCCCUUAUGCACAAAAGUCAAUGGGACUGUGAAUAUGAAUCUCCACCUGCUGCUCAGGGAUUAAAGUUAAGAUUGAUCCUAGAUCUUGCUGUGUACAGACUCAAGUAUUCUUGCACUGGUGGUGGUGAUGUGGAUAGUUUGUUCAAUAAAAGUCCUCUGAAAUUUAA